AGCCUGUUCUGUUGUUGUUUUUGGUCGGGGGGCGUUGAAACUAAUUCCCCGCUGUAUUGUAUAUAACAUUAAACAAUAGCACGGCAAUCGAGUGCUGCAAUAAUUUACAUCACUUACAUUUACAUAACGCACUCGGCGGCCAAUCGUAAAUAUGUAAAGACAACGAGAAACGCGUGCGAACGAAAACGAAUGGCGAAAAAACGAAGAGCACACAAAAAGGGCGAAAACUGCGAAUUGGCUACAAGUAGCAGCGUACGAAAUCCCCAGAUGGAUAACUAAAGUCCACUGCGUUCAAUUUGUUCCUAUUUAAGUGCGUAUUAAUUAGUUAAUCCAUCUAAUCGCCCACUUGAGCUGCAAACAAGUACCCACCGAUCGAACUUCUGGCGGCGAGGAGGAAGAAGAUAGCUUUCCGGGCUCUUGGCCAUGUCAUGUGGCGAGAAUUGCGACAGCUGCCACCACCGACGACGUCGUUAAUCCAACCCGGGUAAGGCAAAAGGCGGCUACAAAGAAGCGUUAAACGCGCCUGCAUUAGUCAUAGGAGGAAUGAGGAUGACAGCCGGCCCAAGGGAACGCCACCAGCACAACGAACCAGAGACCGAGCCAGAACGAAAAGCCAACCCAGAAGUGGAAGCAAAGCAGCCCCAAGGCAAACAGUUAGCUAAUUAAUACGACGGCAAGCGAAGGAAUCCAGGGCAGAGCGAAUGAUGUUUAAGAUUAGGCAGCGCAACUGCAUGCUGAUAGUGACGGCCCUGGUGCUGGCACCAUGCAUAGUGAUCCUGAUGGUGAUGGGACCCGAGCUAUCCACCGAGCAGUCGCUGACGCAGCGCCUGGCCGAAUGCCAUAUGCGACUGCAGUAUUUGGAGUCCAUGUACCGUGCACGCCAGGAGGACGUAGCGCUACUUUCCCAAUACCUGGGCCAAUUGCAGAGCGUCAAUGUGACGGGAGCCAGUGCUCCACCGCCGCCGCCACCGCUGCCCGUGGUCAAUCUGCUAGACGGAUUGAGUCCCGAGGCCAGGCAGCUGCUGCGAAAUGCCUCGCAUAUCAGUAAAGGGGGCAGUGCCAAUGGUUCGAUGGCCAGGAGCCAGAAUAUACGGCUUCCGAAUGCCUACCAUUUCCUGCCGCAUCUCCUGGACGAUGCCGGCUCCCUGCGACCAGCAUACUUGCAAAGCAAGGGCCGUUCGGAUGUGAGCAUUGUUCUGGGUGUGCCCACCGUGCGGAGGGAGAAACAAUCGUACCUCCUCGGAACCCUCCACAAUCUCAUCGAGAAUAUGAACGACGAGGAGCAGAACGAAACGCUGAUCAUUGUCUACAUAGGAGAAACAGAUAUGGAAUCCGUGCAACUUAUUGCUCGUCAAAUCGAGGCCAGUUUCGAUCAGCAUGUGGAGAGUGGACUGAUUGAUAUAAUAGCACCUGCAGCUAGUUACUAUCCGAAUUUUGAAAGACUUCGCAUCACACUGAAUGAUCCUUUGGAGCGCGUCAAAUGGCGCAGUAAGCAGAAUUUGGACUUUGCCUACCUGAUGGCCUACGCCCAUUCGAAGGGAACCUUUUACGUUCAACUGGAGGACGAUAUACUGACCAAGCGGCAGUUCAUCACCACCAUGAAGAAAUUCGCCUUGAUCAAGAGCGCAUUGACGAAACCCGAUCAACCAGAGUGGUUUGUGCUAGACUUUUGCCAACUAGGCUUUAUUGGCAAGAUGUUCAAGAGUGCGGAGUUACCCUACCUGAUCACCUAUUUCCAAAUGUUCUACAAUGACAAACCGGUGGACUGGCUACUUACGUAUUUUAUCGAGUCCAAGGUUUGUCGAACGGACAAGGAUCAGAAGCACUGCAAUGCGGAGAAGGCAAAGUACUGGCAGCAUUUUCGAAAAUCCCUUUUCCAGCAUAUUGGUACAAGUUCAUCGCUGAAAGGAAAAGUUCAAAAGCUGAAGGACAAGCAGUUCGGCAGUAAGGUGCCGCAGUAUUAUGCCCAUACACAUAAUCCACCGGCGCUGGUGAAGUCCAACAUUGCUCCGUAUAAAAACUAUGUGUUGCAGCGAGCGUACAGAGGUGAGUCCUACUUCUGGGGCUUGCUGCCACAGCCUGGAGAUCUGGUGCAGAUUAUAUUCGAGCGGCCCACGCAGCUGAAGCACUACCUCUUCCGAAGCGGCAACUCGGAGCACCCGUCCGACAGGUUUUACAACACGACGGUGGAGCUCCUUCCGGCUGAUACGCUGAGCGAAAACUCGUCCGUCUGGAGCAACUUCAACACCACCACGGACGGCUACCUGGUGGUGGGUUCGUUCGAUAGCUUAGGCGUGGCCGAGGGUCUUUUGGAUGCCAAGAUUGGUGCAAUCAAGGAGCUGCGCCUCCACGUCCACAGUGACAGCGAGAAUUGGGCCCUGCUCAGCGAGAUCGAACUACAGGAAUGGGGCAGCGAUGCUAAGUCCGAGGACAAUGCCGCAAAGCCACGGUAUGUGGGGGGUAGCUGAUUGCUGCAUCGCCACCGGCAGCGGCAAAACUGGCAAGAGUAGGAGCAACAAGUCCUGCUAAUCCCUCUGACCUCCCGUCUCCAGUUAAUGUCUAUACUCCCAUCCACAAUUUGUCUAUAUCUGUUGGGAUUGUGUCGAUUUCGUCGAGAUACAGUCGUGGGAGCAAAAAGUAAUCUUAUUGAAAUUGCUUGAGAAACAUUUAGGAAUAAUUAAGAUAAAUUUUCCAUGGUUGUCUUGAAGAAUUUUUGUUCCCACGGAUAGGCAACCGUAUCAUAAAAAUGUUCAAUGUUUUGGUGAAGAAUUCGUUUUGCUCCCAAGACAUUGUCAUGGCUUUUGCUCCGAUGCGAGUCGAUCUAUCCUAAUAAUUGUACAUCUGUGUGUAUAUUUUUCGAAUGACGCUUUUACCCUCGAUUAUCUCAGUGUGUAAAUAAUCUCUCUCGCUCUCCUAACUUUAAGUGAUUAUCCUUAUCCUUAGCUAUAAGGCUCAAGCAUGGCUGUAGACCAAUUGUAUUGCCAUACAUCCCCAGAACCAAUUUGUUAGGGUUUCUUUAACUUAAGCGUUACAAGCCUCAGCAAUAUGAUUGGUCUACAGUCUCCCAAAAGUCCUUUUUAAUCCCAAGCUGUCAGUAUAUAUUUUUCGCAUAACCAUAUGGAUUUGAUAUAUGUACUCCAAGUGCCCCUUCCAUUUUUUUAUGGUGGUAUAAUAUAUAUUUGGUAUAGAUUAUGGAUAUCAAGUUGUGGGCUAUGUAACCAAGGCGAUUUCUUGGUAUUCCUAUGUUGUUUGAAUACAAUUUUUUGGUUUAUUUCCUUUAGUUUUAAGUGUUAAACUCAUUUUAUUGGUAACCCAGAACACAUUCCAAUUUAUUUUGUUUUCAUUUUCUGAACCUCCAAGUGAUCAAGAAUCUCGAACCCGCUGAAAUCUUAUCGAUCAAUUAUGAAUUAAGAAAUAUUUACACAUUGUUGCACACUUAAGUUUAAUUUGUACCGUUGUACAUUUGUUAAAAGUAUUCCUUUACUUUAGUAAUUUAUCUUAAUAUUAUGAAUUCACCCAUCAUGCUUGUGUUAGUUUCACCGGUAUAUAUAGCCACCUUCUUGAACAUGAAGCCAUAACUACAUAAAUAAAUAUAAAAUAUGCAUAAACAUUGAACCAUUAAAUAACGAAACGAUUUUUAGCAUUGUUGCUUUUUUACUGUGAUUUGUUAAUAAUUUGUGCAUAACAAUGAACGAGGUAUAUACCUAAAUUAUAUAUACACGUACAUGUAAAACAAACAACUCUAAUUAGCUAUUGUAAAACGAAAUUCCAAAAAAAAAAACAAUCAUUCAUAAGAAAACAUUUUUUAUAUACAUACGAUCCAUUUUAUGAUUGGUUUAACUAAUUGGAAACGCCAAAUUUUUUGAUAGACUAUGAAAAACUAAAAACAAGAAUGAUGAUUGUUUAAACUUGGUUCCUGUUGAGUAAAGAGAAUUGCAACAUAUAGUGGCAUAUACAUAUAUAUUUACGACUUUGGUUCGAUGCAUUGUGAUGCAUUUUUCACUUUCUAAAGUUAAUCCGAUUUCAAUUCGUAUGCCACUAUAUAUAGAGUAACAGAUAUACAGAUAUUGUAGACUGCUUUCGAUAAACUGAACAAUUGAAACGAAUGUUUUGCAUAUACUUACUAUUGCAUAAAUGUACGAACAUAAAUAUAUUUUUAUAUACUCCUGUGUUAUGUGUGCGGCAACUAGCAACAAUAAUUUACAGCACCCGCUCUCCCCGAAACACUCAUUUUGCCAAAUUGCAGCCAAUUAGCAAGCAACAAUAAUAGUGGAUAGUGAACAAUCGGAAUUAUAUAUAAAUAUUAGCUGGCAUUAUAGGCUUCCCCUUCCAUGAAACGACAACACAUUACGAUCGUAGCUGAAUUAUUACAAAUUGCAAUUUUACAAUAUUCAUAAGCCGUUGGGACAACUCAAAACUUAAUCGAACAAAUCAAAUCAAACAUGAACAACAAAUAUGCGUGUAAUGUGUGUAUAAGCUUA